GGUGAUUGGAGUGAGCAUGCGCUGUCUCUUCUGCUGUGCUUCCUUCAAACCGAUAAGUAUGGUAGAUAAGGCGCGUUUAGCGCUUGCUCGUCGCUGAUUUUCCAGACUGUACAAGUUCCCUGAAAUCGUUACAGUGACGUUAACGCUACAGACCAGAAAUUCUCAGAUCAAUUGUUGGAUUAAUGCUGGACACUGAGUCCGCUGCCAUGGAGAGCAAUGGAAAUGCAAAUCUUCCUGACUUUCCUGUUGAAGGUCAAGCAGCUGAGUGGUCUGCGAGCCACGUUUCUUCAGAACCACAGCCCGCCUUGCCAGGAGACUCUGAUGCAUCUCGGGAUGCUCCGGGACAGGAACAGCAACAAAUGAACUGUACAGAGCUGGCAUCUGUGGAGAAAGCUGUUGAGCAGUUUCAGCUGGCAAAUGCUCAGCUCUUUCAAGAAGAGCACCCACCGCCUCCACCACCGCCACCACCACCCCCUCCGCCUGCAGAAGAAGCAGAACAAGCAGCAGAACCCACUGGGUAUCAGCCAGAGGCUGCUGUACAGGUUGAAAGUCAAGAUGGGGCUGGAGAACAGUUGAUGGAGGAUGGCAUGGAGCUGGAAGAAGCACCCAAAGACAGUGUACAAGAAUCUGCUGAUCCUGGAGAACCACAGCUGCCCUCUGAGUUUGAAAAGCUCUAUAAAGCAUGUGAGGAUACCCCUGACGAUUUUAACGCCUGGGUCACCCUGCUGCAGUAUGUGGAGCAAGAAAAUUUCCUUGUAGCAGCAAGAAAAUCAUUUGACAUGUUCUUCCUACGUUACCCCUACUGCUAUGGCUACUGGAAGAAGUAUGCAGAUCUUGAGAAAAAGCAUGGAAAUAUACAGGUGGCAGAAGAGGUGUACAGACGAGGCCUUCAGGCCAUUCCCCUCAGUGUGGAUCUUUGGCUUCACUACCUCACCUUUAUCAAAGAGAACUCCGAUCUCACUGACCCAGAAACUGAGGGACGCAUUCGAGCCUCCUACGAACACGCAGUGCUUGCAGCAGGAACGGACUUUCGCUCAGACCGCCUGUGGGAGGCCUUCAUAACCUGGGAGACCGAACAGCAGAAGCUGGCUAAUGUUACUGCUAUCUAUGAUCGCAUCCUGGGCAUCCCAACACAGCUGUACUCGCAGCACUUUCAAAAGUUCAAGGACCACGUGCAGAACAACCACCCCAGAUACUUCCUGUCUGAAGAGGAGUUUGUUCAGCUUAGGGUUGAGCUCUCUAAAUCCAGUCUGUCUGCAAUGGUUGGUGAAGAUGGAGAACCGAGUGUUGCUCAAGAGGAGCUACCGCCUGGCACUGAGGAUCUCGCAGAUCCUGCUAAGAGAGUAACAGAGAUCGAGAACAUGCGCCACAAGGUCAUUGAGAGUCGCCAGGAAGUGUUCAACCACAACGAGCAUGAAGUCAGCAAGCGCUGGGCCUUUGAAGAAGGGAUCAAGAGACCGUACUUCCACGUCAAAGCCUUGGAGAAGACGCAGCUGAACAACUGGAGAGAAUAUCUGGAAUUUGAAAUAGAAAACGGCACUCCGGAGCGUGUGGUUGUCCUAUUUGAACGAUGCCUCAUCGCCUGUGCUCUCUACGAGGAGUUCUGGAUCAAGUAUGCAAAAUAUCUAGAGGGCUUCAGCACCGAUGGAGUGAGACAUGUCUUCAAGAAGGCGUGCACCAUCCACCUCCCCAAGAAACCCUCCAUCCACGUGAUGUGGGCGGCCUUUGAGGAGCAGCAAGGCAACAUCGAAGAGGCUCAGAGGAUCCUGAAAUUCCUGGAAGAAGCGAUCCCGGGUCUGGCUCUGGUGCGUCUUCGGAGGGUUAGUCUGGAGCGUCGCCGCGGGAACAUGGAGGGAGCAGAAGCCUUGUUGAGGGAAGCGAUGGAGUCCGCGAAGAGUUCUGUUGAGAUAUCGUUCUAUGCUGUGAAGCUGGCUCGACAUCUAAUUAAAGUGCAGAGGAGUCUGAGCAAGGCGAAAAAGGUGCUGCUCGAGGCUAUCGAGAAGGAUCAGACAAGUUCAAAGCUGUAUUUGAAUCUACUGGAGCUGGAGUUUAGUGAAGGUGUCCAGCAGAACGAAGCGGAGAUCUUGGCCUGUUUUGACCGAGCCUUGAGGAGCUCCAUGCCCCUGGAAUCCCGCAUCACCUUUUCCCAGCGCAAGGUGGAAUUUCUGGAAGACUUUGGCAGUGACAUCAACGUGCUUGUGGCGGCAUACGAGGAACAACAAAAGCUACAGAAAGAAAGCGAAUCUUUGAAGAGGAAGGCUGAGAAUGGUUAUGACAGCUCUCAAGAAAGUGACGCCAAAAGACAGCGUGUGGACGACCCUUCAGCUGUUGCGGCAAACGCCAUGACAGACAUGCAGGCAAACAGCUCUGCGUACAACUACAACUGGUACCAGCAACAGUACGGUGGCUGGGGACAGAAUUCCUGGGGACAGUACAACCAGUAUGCCCAGUACAACCAAUACUACCCUCCCCCUCCUACAUGAUGAGCAAGCUUUUUACAUGAAGAUGGAAGUGGGAUCUUUUCUGACCUUAAAUCUUGGAGCAAGCAAAUUUAUCAAGAGAUUUCAGUUGAACUACGCUGUGGAGUUUUUCUAGUUCUACUUCCUGGCUUACAGUUGACGUGUUGCAGCAUUCUUUUGUUAGAUGAUAUUUGGCCUUCCAUGGUAACGAUGUUCAUCUCAUUUUGUGGAGGAACGUAACUGCUAAAUUAAUCAUCUCUGCACUGUUUAAGUUGAAGGUUUUGUUUUUCCUAUGCAUGACAUACGAGAGACCUACAUUGGAUUAUUUUGACCUGUUUGUGUUUCCGUUUAAAGCUUGUAAGGAACACAGUUAAUUGUUGUGGUCAAGUUUCCAAAUGAACAUUUUUAGUAUUUCAUGCUUGUUUCCAUUGGGAGCAAUGAAGAAUCCCUUUUUUAAUUUUGACUUGAUUUCUUAAUAAAGAGUGGUAUCCUCA